AAUCAUAGAAAAUAUCCGGGUUGGUAAGCCCCUCCCAUUUUGUUUCCGAAGUCUGAUGAAUUAUUUUCUAAGCACUCGUUGUAUUUCUAGUGCCUGCACAGAUCUGUCAGUAACCGGAUACGGCGUGGGGGUCGGUACAGCCGGACGACCGUAAACAUUUGCAAGUUUUGAACUCAUUUUUUCUUUAUAUACCGAGUUAUAAUUGUAUCAGUUGUUAUAAUUCUGUUAGAGUGGACGUUUGUGUUAUUAUACCCGCGGUAAUGGAGGGAAUGUUAUAAUUGCCCAAAGCACGGUUCACUCUCGGUAGCUCCAGCUUUUUAACGGGUGGGCUCAGCUCGCGCAGUUUUGUCGCUGGACAUGGCAGGCGGGAUAAAAGCGGGGUUUGUGCGGCUCCUGCACUAUUUGCAGGACCCUCAGCACGUCGCGCGCUUUCAACGGCUGUGCGGGGUGCGCGGCUCCGACACGCGUGACAGUGUCCGUAACGGGGUGCAAGGCACUCGCAGCGGGGAUGUUCAUAACGGAGGCGGGGACGCCACCCGCCGUAGGAAAGCAGGGGCAGAGACCGAUACGGAGAAACGCAACAACGGCUUGGCGAACGGGACUGCGGGAGAAAACGUCAACGGUGAUAAUAACGGGCACGACGCUCUAGGAUCCGCGGUGAAGCCUUCGCGCAGAAACUCUCUCACCGGAGACGCCGGCCAGGAGUUCCUCAUCGAAAAUAAGUUUCUUUUCUACCUGUUCACGCUCGGUACCGAACUCGGGAACGAGCUCUUCUACAUCUCGUUUUUCCCGUUCUUCAUGUGGAACGUGGACGCGUAUGUGAGCCGCCGGCUGGUCGUGGUCUGGGUGUGGGUCAUGUAUCUCGGCCAGUGCACGAAAGAUGUGUUCCGGUGGCCGAGACCUGCCUCGCCCCCGGUGGUCAAGGUGGAGAUGUUCUACAACUCGGAGUACAGCAUGCCGUCCACUCAUGCCAUGUCCGGGACAGCCAUACCCCUGAGCCUGUUUCUGCUGACCUACGGCCGGUGGGAGUAUCCCAUGUUGCUGGGUCUCUCUCUGGCCAUCAGCUGGUGUGUCCUGGUGUGUUUGAGCCGCAUCUACAUGGGCAUGCACUCUAUACUGGACAUCAUUGCUGGUUUCCUGUACAGUUUGCUGAUAUUGGUGGUCUUCAGUCCUGCUCUUGACAUCAUCGACACUUUCAACCGCACACAUCCCUACGCCCCCCUGAUGAUCAUCUCUCUCCAUGUGGGAUUGGGUCUUUUUUCCUUCACCUUGGACACCUGGAGCACUUCACGUGGCGACACUGCCCAAAUCCUGGGCUCUGGGGCGGGUAUAGCCUUGGCAUCCCAUGUCAACUACCAUCUAGGCCUAUUGCCGGACCCACCAGCAUCUGCGUUUCCUCUACAGCCACCAUCUUUCACCCUCAGCCUGGUUGCACUCUGUCUGCUCCGCUUUUUCUUAGGCGUCCUCAUUCUCUUGGCUACCAGAGCUGUAAUGAAAGCUCUCACUAUCCCACUCGUCUGUUGGGUAUUCGGGAUUCCCAGCAAUGAUGUCCGGAAGGCCAGGCAGCACAUGGAAGUGGAGCUGCCGUAUCGGUAUAUCGUCUACGGAACAGUAGGCUUAAAUGCGCUUUUUCUUGUGCCUUUCCUAUUUGCACACGUGGGCUUGUUGUGAUGGAACAAACCACUAUGCUUUCAGCCAAUAAGAGCCCAGUUGGACUGCAGAGGCCCCUCCCCUCAAAUCGCAGAUUUGAUGGAACUAAUGCCAGUCAUGUAACACUGCGCUGCACCUUCCAAUCGUUCCUCCAAUGUUUUCCAUCCUUUAUACUGUAGUUUUCGAAGAGUUUCUAUUCUAAACACCCGUUUGGUGUUGAUUGAGAAAUGAUUGUGCUUUUCUACACGGUUUGCAUUGCAUGUAUAGUAGCAUAUAUGUCAGAUUUUAUUCUUUUCUAAAAUCUUAUUGCAAACUUUUGUAGCCAGUAGGCCUUGUUAUAUUUUUUCUUAAGCAAUACAGCAGUUUUGCUGAUUAUCUGAAAUUGUAGAGGAUUUUUGACUAAUGGUUAGACUCAAACUCUUGCAUCAAGAGUUGACUGAAAGCGCUUUUGCAAAAGGUGUGACUCGUGCAAAGUUGUGGAUCGGCUGGAACUGACAACAUCAUUUGUGUUUCGUUUGUUUGUGUGGGGAAAUUUGAAUCGUUACGUUUCAAUUGAAAAAGCCAGCCGAGCAUGAUGGUAAAUGGGCAGGUGUUGAUCUUUAUUUACUUUUGUUGAAAUUUAUUAAGAUGUUUUUUGCAUUCAAAACAUGUUGGAUUUUUCUCCAAAGACCUUUGUAAUGAUAGAUGCCUUAUUGACAUAUUUGGAAACUCUCAUCAUUUUAUUGACUCUCAUAUCAUUCCGUAAGUGACUGAAUUUCUUCACUGCAAUACAAUGAGUAAUAUAUUUGAGAUUUAGUUUUUUUCCAGAAUCUUUAGUGUUAGUUGGUUCCCAACAUUUUUGAGAACAAAAAAGUUAUACCUGAUACUGGUUUUGGAAUGAUAUUAGGGUGCAUAAUACGGUGACCAAGAGAGCUUAAUGUGCUGCAAUUUGAGAAAACGCAAGCCAUUACAAAAAAAAGCCUGCAAAAAAAAAGCCUACAGAAAAGAUCUUCGUCUGCAUGACAGCACACGUGCUGCAAAUCCUCACAACAUGUACAUAUUAAAAAAACACGCUGCAUGUUUCCACAAUGCAAACAAAUAAAUAAAACGCGCUGCAUUUUCACAAAUUAAUAAAUUGCACUGCGUUUUCUCACAAUGCGAACAAUUUAUGGAAACGCGCUGCAUUUUCUCUGAAAACUUGCAACGAGACCCUAAAACGUGACAGACGUAGCUUGAUUCUAUGCUCUUUGCUAUUGCUUAGUGAAGUUGUCGGGGAUCUUUGAAAUGUGAUUUUUUUUUUUUCAUUUAAACUUAAAUUUAGUUGUUUAUUUAAAAAUCCUGAUUCCCUUGUCAUUUGUAUUUUAUUAGCCUAAAUUACCAUAACCUAAAUGGCUGGGUCUGUCACGUUUUUGAGUCCCCUUGAAACAUUUCCAUUGUGUUCAGUGCUAUUUAAGAGUGUUGUGAGAAAAUGAUUGCGAUGUGAGCAAAUGCAGCGCGGUUUAUUAAUUUGUUUGCUUUGUGAAAAAAUGCAGCGCGUUCCCGUAAAUUGUUUGUGUUGUGAGAAAAUGUAGCGUUUUUAUAAAUUAGUUUGCUUUGUGAGAAAAUGCAGCGUGUUUCUGUAAAUUGUUUGCGUUGUGAGGAAAUGCAGCACGUUUUAUUAAUUUGUUUCCACUGUGUGGAAAUGCAGAGCAUUUUUAAAAAUGUGUCUGCGUAGUGAGGAUUAGUGAAGAAACUGAUGAAGACAUUUUCUCAAUUUGCUGGCGUUUUUUGUACUUGCACGUGUUUUCUUAAAUUGCAGCAUUUUAAGCUCUCAAAAGGCCACCGUAGAAUAAAUUAUACCAAAACUUUAUUUUUGGGGUAACUCUCCCUUAAACUGACCACUCAAGAACUAGUUUCCUUUGGCGCUGCACUAGUGAUUUAUUCAAUACUAUUUAAUACUGAAUAAAUAUAACAUUCAUGUUCGUAAAUUGAAUACGUGUCAUAAUUGCAGGGAAUAUGGCUAAUCAUAAUCAAUUGCAAUUAUUUGAGAUUUUCAUACACAUUGUAUUGCUUUUUAUUCCUUGUAUGUUGCUGCUGAACACAGUACUAUAUUUGUAAAUGUUUGUUUUUUAAUUGUUUGCAAAAAAAACAACAUUUAGAGUAAUUAACGCUUUCUUUCAGCAUCAGAUUUUAGUCAGAUUGACAUGAUUAAAUGUCAGGUUUGUCCCUCAACCUGUGAAUAAUUGCAUUUUGAGAGUUUGAGGGUUGUCAAAUAUAUUAAGUUCUGUACCAAUCGGUACUACAAUUUUAAAAACAUCCUUUUCCCACUAACAUUUGAGCACUGUUGAGCAGCAGAUAUGCGGCUUUGAAACGAUUCUGUGUCUGUGUAUCUGUUUUUGUACUUGGUAAGCAGCACUCAAAUGUGAGCACGAAAUUGAUGUUUUUCAGAUUUCAGUGAACUCAGUACUUCUGACAAGCCUAUUUGAGAGUGGAGAGUGGUUCUGUUUAUUGUGUAAAGUUGAAUAUUGUGGUACUGAUUUAGAUGCACUGUUCCCAGAUUGCACUGCUCUGCUGCCUGCUGUUUUGUGCUGCGAUGAUGACCUUAUUGUAGGUCAGGCUUGCGUGACACCACUUUUGUUUGUGCGUGUGUGUUUUUUUUUACUCUUCCUGUGGCCUUGUGCGUCUUUGUGCAGAUCUAAGUUCCCAUUUUGUUGAAAGAGAAGGUGAAUUCCCAGUUCCUCACUCUUGUGUAAACCGGAUUGUUUUGAAUUGAGAACGAAGCGGUGAUUCGACCCUGCGCAGUGCAAUGUUGACUUUCACGCUUUAACUACCAUGCAGAUCUCAGUCAUUUUUAGGUCGGAGGUUAUGUGAAAGAGAAAAAAGUUUAGAGGUUGAGUUUGGGCCACAUUAUUAAAAGGAGAUUCUCCUUGGUGAACGAAGGUUGUUUAAUCUGAUUAAGUUAAAGUUGGUUUUAUAUUCACACACAUUUGUUUAUUUUAACGUUCCUAUAUUGUUGACUAAGCUAAUUUAAAUAUUUGGUCUGAAAUCGCAUUUAAGUUUGACUUCAAAACAACAUUUAAUUGACUGUAAACAAUGUUGUACUUAGUCAUUGGCUGAUAUUAUGAUUUCACUAUUUACAGAUUGUAAAUAAUACUUUUCUGAUAAUAUAAUAUUAAGAAGAACGUCUGAAUGUGUGAAUAUAGAACCAACUUUACCUCAAUCUAAAACUGGACCAAUUAUUCCCUAAUACGAUAGUCACCACCCCCCCCCCC